CCGCUCCGCCCCACGCGCUGUUGACACCCCGAGUGGUCACAUCCAGCGGAACAGCCGCUAUUCACUUCUCUGUCAAAGGUUGGGUGCGAGUAGCCUCACCUCCACUGACCACACUUUGGAGAGCGCCUGACACUGCAAAAAGAGACAUGGAGAGCGGUUUGUCCUCGACGGGUGACGCCGGGCUGGACCAGGCGGUCAGCCGGUGGCUGCGGAGCGAUAAGAACCCCAAGACGGCAUCCAUGGUGCAGGACCUGGUGAGAGACGGCGCGGUGGAGGCUCUGAAGAAAUGCUUCUCCUCCAGGAUGGAGUUUGGUACAGCAGGUCUGAGAGCAGCCAUGGGCCCUGGCACGUCCUGUAUGAACGACCUCACUAUCAUCCAGACCACACAGGGUUUUUGUUGCUACCUGGAGGAGAGUUUCGCUGACUUUAAGGACCAUGGAGUUGUCAUCGGCUACGACGCCCGUGCCCACCCCCCCAGCGGGGGCAGCAGCAAGCGCUUUGCCAACCUGGCAGCAGCUGUGUUCAUCAGCAGAGGGGUCCCGGUCCACCUUUUCUCUGACAUAACCCCCACGCCAUUUGUGCCGUUCGCAGUCUUACACCUGGGACUGUGUGCUGGUAUCAUGGUGACCGCCUCCCACAACCCCAAACAGGACAAUGGCUACAAGGUGUACUGGAGGAACGGAGCCCAGAUUGUGUCUCCUCAUGACGAAGGUAUCUCCAAGGCCAUCAAGGAGAACCUGGAGCCCUGGCCGGAGUCCUGGAGCGCAGAGGAGGCCCUGAAGAGCCCCCUGCUCAACGAUCCCUACCAGGACAUCCACACACAGUACUUCAAAGCCAUCCAGAAUCACUGUCAUCACAGGGACAUAAACAAGAGGUCAGAGGUGAAAAUUGUGCACACGUCUGUGCAUGGCGUUGGUCACACAUUUGUCCAAUCGGCUUUUAAGGCCUUCGACCUCAAACCUCCAUAUGCUGUGGAGGAACAAAAAGAUCCAGACCCCGAAUUCCCCACGGUGAAAUAUCCCAAUCCUGAGGAAGGAGAGGGAGUGCUGACGCUGUCGUUUGCACUGGCAGAGAAGGAGGGGGCCGGCGUUGUGUUGGCGAACGACCCUGAUGCCGAUCGACUGGCCGUCGCCGAGAAGCAGGAGAGUGGACGGUGGCGUGUGUUCACUGGCAACGAGCUGGGGGCGCUGCUCGGCUGGUGGAUGUUCCGCUGCUGGAAGGAGCAAAACUCUGACGCUGCGGCGGUGAAGAACCUCUACAUGCUGUCCAGCACCGUCUCGUCCAAGAUACUGCGUGCCAUCGCUCUCAAGGAAGGCUUCCACUAUGAGGAAACACUGACGGGGUUCAAGUGGAUGGGAAACCGAGCCAGAGACCUUUUGGACCAGGGCAAGACUGUUCUGUUUGCCUUUGAGGAGGCCAUAGGCUAUAUGUGUAGUCCCUCUGUAUUGGACAAGGAUGGAGUGAGUGCUGCAGCCAUAGCAGGAGAGAUGAUUUCCUACCUCGCCACGAAAAGCUUCACCCUUUCUCAACAAGUAACGAGCAUCUACGAAGAGUACGGCUACCACAUCAGCAAGAACUCCUACUUCAUCUGCCACGACCAGCAAGUGAUACGCAGCCUGUUUGAGCGCCUGCGCAGCUACGGCGGCCGAGGGAACUCGUACCCCACCGAGUGUGGCCGCUUCUCCAUCUCUGCUGUGCGAGACCUGACCACCGGCUAUGACAGCAACCAGCCCGGCAACAAGGCUGUCCUUCCCACCUCCAGCUCCAGUCAGAUGAUCACCUUCACCUUCUCCAACGGGGGCGUGGCCACCAUGAGGACCAGUGGCACUGAGCCAAAGAUCAAAUACUACACCGAACUCUGUGCUGCUCCUGGCAACAGCGACGUGACGCAUCUGAAGAAGGAGCUGGACGACUUGGUCAACGCCAUCGUUGAAAACUUUUUUGAGCCAGAAAAGAACAAGCUGCAGCCCAAGCCGGAGUAGAGCGCAGACCGAGAGACAGAGAGAGACACACAGCACCAGUUGUCUUAAUUAUUCCAGAAGGGAUUCUUUAUUUAGCCAUGAGUUCCCAGAGAUUACUCAAAGAAGGUGUUCCCCUCCGCCGCAGUCAUUCUUGCUGUCUCCCUGUAAUGUUUAGAUUCACACAUUUCUGUAUUUGCAUACAUGUAGUAUGCGUCCUUCCUUAAUCAUCAACUGCAAGCCUGCUGACCUGAAGUGUCUCAAGGAGAGCGGCUCAGACAAAUAUCUACACUUAAAAGAAUGUCAGUGUGUAAUAUUAUAUCUUAUUCGUAAGGUAUGGCAUUGAAAGUUUAGUAUAUUGGACUGAGCUGUUUUUUGAGCUGCUACAACCCUAAACGUGUAUGUAGCAGCUCACGUGACUGUCAAUCAAACGCUGCACAUGCCAAGUACAAGUACAAUUUAACUCAAUACAAAAAUCAAAUAAAGUGGCUUCUAACAUUGCA